ACAAUUCUAAUAGCAAGCACAACACUGGGGAUGACAGUCAUGUACCAGGAAGAAAACUGUGAAAUGGGGCGCGAAAGCAAUAUGUCAAGACUGUCAUAACAAAAAACAAAGCGAUAGCGGUUAGCGGUAGGAAUUAAGAAGUAAACAAACAUUGAGAAUUUCUUAAAUAUUUGCAAAAUAUUUCACAAGUCUUUUUUUGAGGCACUUUUAGAGGAGCCAGAAAGACUUAUUCGCUUAAAUAUUAUAUAAUAACCUUUAAAUUUGUGGUAAACUUUUGCCCUUGCAAUAGGCCAUGAAGCGGAAUAGAAAGGUUAUUAAAACUUAUGUGGAGGAUAGUCAUAGUGAAAAUGAAGAAUCUUCGCAAAAACCACGCAUUAACCCAAAAAAUGUGUCUCGAAAUACCUCCAAUACAGACCAUGGCUACUCUUCUAGUUCCAGUGAGAGUGACAUUGAAAAAUACCUCCACAAACCAGAAAAGUUAGAUUUAAAUUCUGAUUUUUUCAGUACCAAUGGUGUGACUACAGCAGAUAAAGCAAAAGUAAAAACUCUUGCAUCAAAAAAUAUAAGCCUGAGUGACUCUGAAUCCUCCAUAUCAGAAGAUGAAUUAAAAGUCAACAAGUCAAAACUCGAAAAUGAAUCUACGACCAAGCCAACAAAGGAGGAGCCCAAGCCAGAAGAUCCUGGUCCCUUAUAUUUAUUCAGUCAGUUUCAAAACUACACCAAACAAAUUGAAGAAACGAAGAGGCAGGUUGAAAUUUGCAUCUCCAAGAAAGUAGCCAAAGAAAAAAAAAUUGAUAUAUCUGAGAUGUUGGCAGCAGGAGAAAAAAUAGAGGGACUCACUGUUGAUGAUCUGCAUUCAAGUGAUUUUGAGUCGCAUGACUCAGAACAAGAAGAUUGGGAGGAGAUCAAAAACAAGGGGUCACAGGAGAACCAAGAGCAGAAUAUUAUUCCUGCAAAGAGUCUGGAGAUUGUGGUUGAUAUGCCUGAUAAUGUUAAGAAGAAGAAAGGUAUUGACCUAAUGGCAGCUCUAAAACGGCGGCUAAACCGUAUCCGUAAAGAGAACCAAGUACUAGUCCACAAAGUCCACUUGCUUUGCUGGAUAGUCCAUGGCAAUUACAUCAACUCGGCGAUCAACGACACCCAAACCAUGGCAAUGGCAUUAUCCCUUUUACCUUCAGAGCAAUGCUAUCCUCCCGACAGAACCGAUUUGUCUUAUCUGGAGCAAAUCACUGCUUGGUAUAAAAGAACUGUUAAACUACUCGAUAAAACCAUUCAAGAGGAUGUACCGCUCGUACAAAGCUUACAAGCACAAAUUGCCAAGAAAGAGGCUUACAAUAAGAAAAUGCUCGCUCUAAUUUUUGCUGCUAUACUUAGGGCGCUGGGGAUCCAGGUGAGGAUUGUAAUGUCAUUGCAAGUUGAACCCUUAAGACCGCCAGCUAGUGAACUACAUUCGCUUAGCAAGAAAGAUGAGAGAAAUGGUCCUUCGACUUCUAGGAGGCACACUGUAAAAAAAAUGGAUCCUAUAGCAGAAGUUUCAAAAUCAACCCCUGUGAAAAAAAGUACAGUGUCAGCAAAGCCUCAGAGGAGACAAGCUUCUAAAUCAGAAUCAAAUACUGCCUCAUCAGAAUUGGAAAAAGUUGAAAGGAAAUCCAGGGCGAAAAGUUCUGAUAAACCAGAAAUCUCAGGGAAUAAACUGAAAUCUCAAGAAAAGAAGAAUGCUUCUCCCACUUCUAAAAAGCAGCUUGAAAUAAGUAAGGCGAAUAUAAAGAUAGCAAUUCAGCCACCAACACCUCCAAAGAAAGCAAAACCUAGAAGGUUGGAAAUAGUUCCAAAAAAUACAUUGGAAACCUCUAGCAAUAUAAAAAAAGGUGCAAGAAAACGUACUAAAAGUACAGAAAGUAUGGAAUCAAAUCCCGCAGCUCGCAAUACCAGAAAACGCUCGAACAGCACCGAAAGCCAACUUAAUAAAAAUGUAUGCGAGCCAACAGGAAAGCGUACGAAAACCUCGGAGUCCCUUAAACAGACUACCAAAAAACUAAAAGUAAACAUUCAAGGUUUGACCAGUAGGGCGCGCUCUGCAAGUACCGAAAGCGUCAGUUCUAUUGAAGCCAAACCAAAAAGAGUAAAAAGUGCCGAGAAUCUUCAUUCAGCCAAACCUGUUACGAGGAAAAGGGGAAAUGCUGCAGAAAGUAAUGAUUCACGUGUCUCUACUGAACCCAAAAAAAGAUCUCGAGCUACCAAAAAGGUGCCACAGUUGGACGGUUUGUUUGACAGCGAAUCUGAUUGGGACAUUAAUCUGUUGCAAGUUGACGGGGCUAAUGAUGAGCCCAAGAAAGCGGCCAAGUCUAAAAAAUCCCCAAAUCUAAAAGCUCUGAGGAAACCCACUGUUUCUUCAGCAAAACCCAAUUUGAAAUCCCUAACUGCAUCUAAAAAGGAGCAAUAUUCGGAUUCCGAUAGCGAUUUUGAACCAGCUGGCGGAAGCCCCUUUAAGAAACAAAUGGAAAAAGCUGCACCGGAUUUAAAAAAAUUGCAAAUAAUCAAAGCUGGAAAAAAAGAUAUUACCAACGAUAUAGUGCAUCUUGUAAAAAAAAGGAUCUCGGAACAAAAAAGGACUGACCGAAGCAAAUUAGCAAAUAGGCAUCAACAUCAUGGAAGCGAUAGCGAUAGCGACUAUGUACCAGAAGCCAGAAAUAAGAAGCAGCCUCGUGACAGUGAAGAUGACUUUGUACCCAAAACUAAAGUAAAAAGAAGAAUCCCUGCACGUCCGGUGUUGUCAGAUGACGAGGGCGAAAAAAAGAAAAAAAUCGGCAACGACGUUUGGGUCGAAGUGUUCCUGGAAGCUGAAGAAAAGUGGAUUAGCGUAGAUGUCGUCUUCGGGCAGGUCCAUUGUGUCAAAGAAAUUUCGCAACGAGCCACUCAUCCGAUCACUUACGUAUUAUCAUGGGAUAAUAACAACAAAAUAAAAGACCUCAGUCUAAGAUACUGUCCGAACUUCAACACGGUUACAAGGAAGUUACGUAUCGACCAAAAAUGGUGGACUCAAACUUUGAAACCGUACAUCGGCAAACCAACCGCCAGAGAUAAGGAGGAAGAUGAUGAUUUAGCUAGGCAGCAAUUGGACCAGCCUUUACCUAAAUCUAUCGCAGAAUACAAAAACCACCCCUUGUACGCCCUAAAACGCCACCUCUUAAAGUUCGAAGCAAUCUACCCUCCAGAACCUCCCACGUUAGGGUUUAUCAGGGGCGAAGCGGUGUAUCCGAGGGGAUGCGUAUUUACGUUACAUUCCAGGGAUAUUUGGCUUAAGCAGGCUAAGGUUGUUAGGCCUGGAGAACAACCUUAUAAAAUUGUCAAGGCCAGACCCAAGUGGGAUAAGCUAUCAAACAAAGCAAUAACUGACUUGAUGCUCGAAAUAUUCGGACCGUGGCAGGUGCAAGAGUACGAUCCGCCUACUGCUGAAAACGGUAUUGUCCCCAGAAAUGCCUAUGGGAACGUGGAUUUGUUUAAAGCGUGUAUGUUGCCCAAGGGAUGUGUCCAUUUGAAGCUUCCUGGAUUAAACAAAAUCGCUAAACGUUUGGAUAUUGACUGUGCGACGGCUGUGAUUGGGUUUGAUUUUCAUAACGGUUGGAGUGUCCCGGUUCUUGAUGGAUUCGUAGUUUGCAAAGAGUUUGAGGAACAGCUUAUUAGUGCCUGGGAAGUGGAACAAGAAGAACUAGAAAAGAAAGAACAAGAUAAGCUGGAAAAACGCGUUUAUGGCAAUUGGAAAAAACUAAUUAAAGGACUCUUGAUUCGGGAAAGACUAAAGGCCAAAUAUGAUUUUGGAAAUCCCUCGAGCAGCACAAGUAAUGAUAAAGGCAAACCAAAGAAAGCUAAACCACCUACGUUUUGUACAAAGAGGAAAUGAUCUGGUUGUUCCACAUUUAUGUUUAAAGGUUACAAAAAUCCAGGUUUACCUCACUCCUUUAUGUUAUGUUCUGUUAUACUAAUAUUAUAAGUCUCGAACGGUAUAAACGUUAAAAAAAAUACGUUUUUUUUUAACUUUUACUUAUACCUUGGAGCCAUCCUGUGUCGUUUAUGUUUUUUUUUUAACACGGAUGCUAAUUUUGUUUAAUUUUUACUUGAUAAAUAAAUAUAUAUAUUUUUUUAAA